AUGCUUUCAGCGAUAUGUAUAUUGGCCGCAAAGCCCAGAACAAGGGAGUGUGUUGACCGAGUCGCUCGGCGCGUCCCCGUUUCCACCCCGGGUCGGGGGUUUGGACCGGACGCUAGUUCCUUCCAAUGCGCGGCCUUUAUGUUCCAUACCUAA